AUGAAGUUCAUACCGCUUCGCGAUUUCGACAUUGUCACCAGCGCGCUCAACUUUGACACGCCCGACUGCCAUGUCACCGGCGGCUGCGAUCUCUACACCACAAAAGCCGCCGGCUCCGACAAGAAACUCUACAAAGACAUUGACAAGUCCCUCGAGUCGCAACAUGCCGCCCUCCUCAAACUCGGCGCCAGCCUGAGCCCGCCGCACCGCGAGGAAAUGGCCGCCAGCCAGAUGCUGUCGCGGUCCAGUCCCUUUGGCAACCUCGCCGAGAUCUCGAGCCGCCGCACGUUCGCCUACCUCAUCGCCACCCUCAACGCCUCCCACCCUGACUACGACUUCUCUCAUGUCCUGCGGCCGGCCGACUUCCGCCGCGAGCGCAACCUGCGAAAAGUCAUGAGCCUGAUUGACAGCACGCUGAGCAACGUGCGGCCCAGCUCGCUGGUGCUGGACAGCGGGCUGGGCUCGUCCAUGGGCGGCGCGUCGGCGGGGUCGAUGCCCUCGGCGGCCGCGGCGUCCGCGUCCCCGCUCUGGGGCCCCCAGAUGUGGGCGCUCAUCAACAAGGAGAUGCACCUCCAGGACUGCACCGUCUUUUCGUACCAGCCGGACAACAACCCCUUUGACGAGGAGGACGGCGCCAUCUGGACCAUGCACUACUUCUUCUUCAGCAAAGCCCUGAAGCGCGUCGCCUACAUGUACGUCCGCGGCGUGCCGCUCCUGUCACACAGCCCCCUGCUGCUGCCGCGCCACCCCCAGCGCCGCCUGUCGCACCAGCACCACCACUCGUCCAUUGCCAUUGCCGGCGCACGCGCACGGUGGGCCCACCGGCGCGGCAGCCGCAGCAGCCGGCUGUCGAGCAGCGCCGCCGACCAGGGACCAUCGGGCGGCGCUGGCGCGUUUUCGACGUCGGCCUCCAAACGGCCGAGCCUCUCGCUCCAGAACUCGGCUGUGUCGGCUGCGUCGGCGGCGUCGGCCGACGCCAGCGGCGCCAACAAGCGUGCGCGCUACUGGCUGGGCGACCAGUACGCCGACCGGCUCGUCUCGUCCCCGCCGGGCGAUGUGGUCGAAGACGACGACGACGACAUGGACGAGGUGCUGCUGUGGCGGCCGGACGACGACAGCGACAUGGACGACUACGGCCAAAGCCGAAUCGGCGGUGAUGGCGGGUUUGCGGACGACGACGACGACAUUAGUAUACUGGACAGCGAUAUGGAGGAGGACGAAGAAGAGGAAGACGAGGAGGAGGAAGAGGAGGAGGGUGAGAGCUCCAAGAAGAACCGGAGCAGUAGUAACGACAGCCAAGCGCGGAAACACUCUGGCCGGGCCAUGAGCGAGGAGAUUGCCGGCCGGAUGGACAUGGAGUGA